GACAAGGACACCAAGUCUCCCUUUGCUGUUGAGUGGAUCCCUGAUGGCCAGGUGGCCACCUUGUCCCUGGACCCCUCUGGGAAAGAAGAGACCAUUGAUCUUGGAGAGAACCCCUUUGGGGAUCCACCACCUCCCUACAAGCUGCAGGCGCCAAAAGGAAGAUCUUCCUCUGCCCAAUCCUCCAUGUCAGACACCUGCAGGGACCAUGGGAACCAGCUGAGCCUCUUCUGCUACCAGGACCAAAAGCUAAUCUGCCACCAGUGCAAGUCCCAUGGGACCUGCCAAUCACACAAGACCAAGUCAGCGGAGGAGAGGGCAACCCAGCUGAGGAACAGGAUUGUCGAUCAGUGUGAGAAGCUGCAGCUACAGACAGCCGGGAUCGAGAAGUAUCUCGCAGAAGCCUUGCCAUCAAAGAUCCCACGUGUGGCGAGCACAGCCCGGGCCUCCCGUGAAAUGAUCAUCCAGCGUCUGACGUUCAUCCGCAACAUGUGCGAGAAUGAGGAGCAGCGCCUGCUGGAGGAGGUUCAUGCGGAGGAGGAGCGAGUACAGCAGAGUAUUCUCACCCAGCGGGCCCACUGGACAGAGUCUUCAAAGAAACUCUCUGGCAUCAGGAACUAUCUGGUGGAUAUGUUGACCAAGAUGGACGACCUCAACCUGAUUAACUCUGAAAGUGAGAUGGAUGAGAGAACAGAAGAAGCAGAAGGAAUUCUGGAGCCAGAAGAGUCAGAGAAGUUAAACUUUAACAAUGACUGUGUACAGAGUUCGUUACUGAACAGAUUAUGGGUUUCCUCUAUCCUCUGCUCUACCACUGCGUGUGAAGACCUGACCUUUGAUGAGAAGUCCAUGAGCCCCUUGUUGGUCUUAUCAGAAAACAACAGCCUGAAGUUUCUACAGAAGAAGGCCAAGACGUAUCCAGAUGGGCCUGAGCGCUUUGACCACUGGCCUAACUGUCUGGCCAAUGAGUCGUUCCAGAAGGGCAUCCAUUGUUGGAAGGUCAAUGUGGAGAAGAGUGGUGCCUACAAGCUCGGCAUUACCUACAAAAGCAUUGCACGCAAGGGCUCGGGCAACGAUGCCAGGCUAGGAUUUAACCCCGUAUCUUGGAUUUUUUCACGCUAUGACAAAGAGUUCCGCUUCUCCCACGACUCUCAGCAUGAAGCUGUAGAACUGCUGAAAAGCCCCAAACGUAUCGGUGUUUUGGUGGAUAUCGAUGGAGGAGAACUGGUCUUUUUUGACCCUGGUUCUUGCAUCAUUCUUCACAGCCACCAAACUAAAUUUGCGGCCUCCGUCAGUCCUGUGUUUGCAGUCGCUGAUGAGAGUAUAAGCCUUGAGAAAUGAACCACUGAAGUAGAACUACAGAUGUUUAUAUUUAUAAAGACUCAUUUGUAUAUAAGAUGUUAUAUAUUUUCUCCAGAUUGCCACCAUUAAGCCUGUGUCAUGUUACAAGUACACAUGGAUAAAGAACUCAAGGGGUGUGACUGAAAGAAAAAAUCCUUUUUUUU